AUGCGCCGGCUGGCCGAUAUCCACGACUGGAUUGACGAGGAGGUCGACCUCCGCCGACUGGCUGCAAUCCACGACUGGCUGUGGAUGGUGGGUCGGCCCAUGCCACCCCGUGCGCUCCACCAGCAGCGCCUGCUCAACCGCGAGAUCGCGAUCACCGAGAAGCUGGACCUGCACCUGGUGUGGACGACCGGACGCAUCUUCAUCAAGCCUCUUCCGCGCUUCUUCCUCGAGCCGCGCUUCUGGGAGAGAUUCCUCCGUUGUCACACAGUGCUAGUCCCCAACACAAACUCAUGUAGAUGUAGCGGCCGGCGGGAACGCGCGCUUGGCUUCCUCUUCUCGUACGCGGCCCUCAUAGCACAUGAGAGCGACUUUCAUAUUGCCAAGGCGACGCACCUUAUUCCCGAAGAGGUACAGUGGUCGGCGUGGCGGACGGCCAUGCGGCAAUUUCUGGGGACCUCGCCCAUCUACCCCUGGAUUGACCCCCGCUUUUACUACGGGGAGCUCCGCCUCAGCCGGCUCAACAAGAUCUACUUCUUCUGGAAGACCCCGCUCCGCGGCUACGAGUCUCGCUGGAACCAGUACGGCUCGUUCUUCCAGGACAACUUCACCUGGCUGGCCAGCUCGACCGUUUACAUCGCUGUUGUGCUGACGGCGAUGCAGGUUGGCCUCGCGACGGAGGUUCUCCAGGGCAAUCAAGCCUUCCAGUCGGCCUCGUACGGCUUUACCAUCUUCUCCGUCGUGGGGCCUCUGGCCGCUGCAGGUCUGGUCAUGGUUGUGUUCUGCUACAUGUUCAUCGGUAAUUGGGUGGCUACACUACAGUAUAGUAGGGUGAGGUUGGAAAGGAUUAAGGGUCGGUAA